AUGCCCGCCCCCCACGCCCACAUCAAUGACUACGUCGCCAUCGACGUCCGUCCCCACGACGCAGCGACCGUCUUCGGUACCGUCUCUGUCGCCAAGGGCAUCCGCGUCCAAGUCGUCGCAUACACCAUCAUCCUCGACGGCACCGUGAAGCAGAACGCCGCCUUCGACAUGCCUGCCACCGACGAUGGCGGCGUGUUCGCUCUGACAUGCACCGACAAAGACCUUGACAAGCCUCUUGGCAGCGUGUGGACGCCCAAGGUGAUGGACGUACCGACGAGGGUCAUCUUUUUGUAUACAUACAGUCGGGACAAGGGCAAGACAUGGACACCGAUUUCGCCGUUGGACGAAACGAAGUUCGUGCAGUAUCCCGCGGAUGGAACUCAAAAGCCAUCAGAUGUGAUCGUAAACCUCACGCCUGCGAACGAGAAAGACACCGACUCGGAUUACCGCAAUGUCGCAAUGACCACCGUGUCUAUGCCGCUAUCUGCUUGACAGAGAAGAAUGCAGUUGGAAGCGCACUCGGAGACUGGCCGCUUUAUAGGAAGGGAAAGCGGAGAUCUCUAGGUUUUGCUUUCUAUGGUGGAGGAAAUAGGUCAGCUGCGAUGUAUAAUAGGCUAUAAUCGACAGGUGGGAUGAAG